UUUGAAUGGUUUUAAUAUGGUCUUUGAGAAGUCUCUGCUAUGCACUUUAACCCUUGAUGAGUACCUAGAUUUGUACCUCAUCCGCGUAGAUGGCUUAAGAAGAAGAAUAUCAUGCGCUGUUGAAAGAGAGCAUGGCUUGGAGUAUUCAUUAAUCAGGGAAACCUUUCAGAUGUCGCGGUUGAUCACUCGUCGUAGGAGUGUGACCAAUGCGCCUCCCGCAUUAUCACCAUCUACUGCUCCGGCCGUGAGUGCUCCAUUGAUUGGGGAGCCUACACCUUUCAUUGAGGCUACUGCUACGACAUCCCAGGUGCCAUUAUCAUCGACGUCAUCAGUGUCCGUUCAGUUUCUCAAUGCACGGCGGCCUCACCGGCGCCGCCGUGAUUCAGAGUCUUCUAUUCACAGUUCCUCGUCAUCCAGAGUCGAGGAUGGGGGCUCCCCUCCAGCUAAAAAAAACACCAGGGGGCCUAAUCGAAUGCUGAAGGCGGCACAAAUGGUACGUCUGUCCGCCUCCUUGAUCAAGAUUGCAUAUGACUCGCGACAUCGUGGAGCGGCUACCUCACAGCAACAUAGUAUCGUCGUUACUAGCUGUGGUUAUGUUAUUAAAAAUUGUUGUCCUAUGCAAUGGAAAUCUUGGGCAGAAAUUCCCGAGGAGACGAAGAUACUGGUGCGAGACAAGUUGUCGGUCAAUUUUGAUUUUAAGGACAUAUCCCCCGAGGUCAUCACCUACUUAGAUGAGACCUUUGCAAACCGGUACAAAAAUUGGAAGAGCGAUCUUCAUGCGCAUUUUAAGAUAUGGGGUGAUGUGGAGACUGCUCGCCUACAGGGUUGCCCAUCCGAGUUGGCGGACCGGCGAGAGGAUUGGGAGUGGCUUUGCAACCAUUUUACGGACCCAAAAUUUGUGAAGAAAUCUAUUGCUGGCAAGAUUGCUCGGGAGUCAAAGACACUUCUCCACCAUUCCGGUUCGAAACCCUUUUCGUAUAGGCUUGAGGCACGACGUGAGGAGGGUUCUAAGUUCCCAGAGAUCGACGUGUUCAAUGACGUUUACGUUCAACCUGGCGAUGAGAGACCAGCUUCUAUGGUGGAAAAGCGUGAUGUUGUUCUCCAAGAAGCAACAUCGCAACUUCCCCCGGAUACCCCGAUUGAGGACGUCACUGUAUCCGAUGAUGCAGGUUUUGAGAUCAUGACUGAGGUCCUGAAUCAGAAGUUCGGUCGUCGUCAUGGCAAAGUUGUUCGGGGCAUGGGGAAGGCGCGUGUUCGUGAAACGGGUGCCUCCUCUUCCAGAUCGACCACAGGAGAGGUCAAUGCUCUGAAGGAGGAAGUGACAACCUUAAAAGGUCAGCUUGUAGCCCAGAAUGAGCAGAUGAAGGUUCAGAACGAGCAGUUGAGGGCCGAGAACGAGCAGAUGAAGGCUCAGGUUAGGACCCAUGACGACAAGAUGAAUAUGAUUCUACAGGCCUUAGCGAUAUCCGGUCUUCAAAUCCAGAUGCCAUCACCUGAUCUUGUUCCACCUUCGACUUCCCAGCCAUUUCAUCCAACUGAUACCUAG